CUAGCAUGUCAUCCAUCCUACAUACUCUCCCAUAUGCAGAGAGACACCCUCAACUCCAAGCCAACUAACUCACCACUCCCUUUUCAAGCGCGGAAUUCAGCCCCGUUGGGGAUGGCUUUCUGGGGUAAAGAUUCCCGCCUCCCUUCUAAAGAUUGGGCCUCUCUGAACUUUUCCCUAUCUCGACAAAGAAUUCCGAUCCUGUGGAGCCCUCCCUACGAUCCCUAAGCACCUAAUUCCGUACUCUGCCUACCUACACUCUAUCCACCCAUUCUCUACCAACGACAGCCAUGACGCCCGAGGAACCCCCAGCCUUCAACCUGACCGAGGUGGAUCGUCAGGUCCUGGCACAGACCGACGACGAGUUCAUCCUUCAUGACUGGGAGGAUCUGAAAGCCAUCAUCGCACGCAACGAUCUCGGCAUCCUUAAACGCAAACCCUCCGAUCUAACCCGGUACCUGGCCUGGUCCCACGAAACCAAGUUGAAGUACGGUACUAUCACCAACUACAUCUGUCAGCAUCGACUGGGUUGGAUUCCCCAACCCUCGCCCCCAACCUCUACCACCAGCACCGCUAGCACUAGCACCACCCCUUCUAUCCCCUCUACCCCCUCCUCUUCCACCGGCACCACCGGCACCCCCUCCAGCACAACAGAAACCCCCCCAUCAUUCCCCUAUCUCAACCCCACCCCCUUUGCCCACCCCCACGACUACAAAAUCCUCCGCAAUGACUGGCCUUACGGCAUGACGCCCGGAAUCUCUCACCUGGUGGUGUGGCUUCGGACGCCUGUAGCCACGAAACCCGAGAACGGGGAUGUGACGGAUGAAUCGAGGGCGUUGAUAGAGGCGUUUGUGCAGAGGACGUUUGUGGAGAGGUUGGCGAGGGAGGAAGCUGAUGGGGAGGGGGCGAAGGAAAGGGCGAAGGAUCAAGUGCUUUGGUUUAAGAAUUGGACGGCGUUGCAAAGUGUAAGGAGUUUGGAACAUAUUCAUGUGUUGGUUAGGGAUGUGCCGGAGAGGAUUUUGGUGGAGUGGACGGGGGAGGACGUGCCGAGGCAUUAAUAUUAUUUAGAUUUAUUGGGGUUGAGGGGAGGGGGGUGAGAGUAGAGGCAUUACAGUGAUCAGGAUCAGAUAACGUCCAUAAAACACAAGACAUAAGAUGGGAAUCUCGAA